AUGCCCACACUCAAGCAACUCACAUGUCAGGUUGAAUGGGCAGGUUCGAAUGUCCCAUUCAAAGAAUAUGGCACCACUUAUGGAGACGGGUGGGUGGAAAGCUAUAUAGCAAUUCCUGAUGCACCGUCUCCCUUUUCAAUCAAUCUGAAAUCAAACGAUUACAUUGCACCAGGGCUAGCUAUGUUUGUUUCCAUGGAUGGGGUUUACCAGUGCAAUCGCAACAGAAAUGACCUGCUGCCCACAUCUAAGUCAUCAGAGGUGAGUAGGAUGUAUAGAGAUGUUAGCUUCAGGGUUCGACAGAGGGAAGAACGGCUUCCUGACGGUAGCUGGAUUGGAAGACCUUGGAGAUUUGAACAUUUCCACCUUGUUGAAUAUGAACCGAACAAUCACUAUAUUUUAAAGCAGUUUGAAAAAUUGGGAACUAUCCAGGUUGUUGUUGUUCGCUGUGCGGCGGACCCAAGGGCAGAGAGUAAAGGAUAUAAAUCAAAUAGAGCAUGUACUCCGGAAUCUGCAAUGGAUCCUGGUUCUGAAGGUGAAGGUGAUUAUUCAAUCUCAAGCGACCAGUCGUUUCUACAUGAUUUUAGUGGUAGGUUGCAAGAGAGAAAUGAUGAAAUUGGUAGUACCUUUGGGGGUCUGUUUGAUGGACCCUCUGAAGAUAGGGGUUAUGCACCAAAACCGCAUCAGCAAUCGUAUCUGCAAUGCGGCCCUUCUUGCCAUCUUUCUUUUGGCAACCGCCAUCUAAAGCCUGAUGAGUACAUACCUUGUCAUAACGGGGGGCAUCAAAAUCCCUGGCACAUCGAGCAACAACCAAUAAUUGCAACAUGUUGCCAUGCAAGUCACGACACUCGGGAAACCAUUUUACAUGGCCCAAAUAUCCCUCAAUCUUGGACCAAUAACUCUCAGUGCCAUGGAGGUUGUUAUAAUCCUCAACAUGAUUUACCGUUUCGCAAUUGCAAAGAUAAUACUCAUUUACCCGUCUCCCAAACAGGGCAUACACACAGCACAUCAUCUACGAGCGGAGAAAGCCUAAUGAACAACAUUUUCUAUGCCGAGCCACAGAGUGAUAAUAGAUUUAUGGUGCGUCCAAUCGUGUUAAAUGUCAGUCCUCAGAUAUUCAGGGAUGGCCCUUCUCGCAAUAAUAGGAAUGAAGACCCCUCGAAGGUAAAUGAAACUGGAUACUACGUGAUUUCUAAAGGCAAACGGGUCCCUGAGAGUUCAAGCUGGGGCUGGCGUGAGCACAAUUUUGCAGAGGCCGGUGCUAACAUAGAUAAUAACCGAAAACAGAAAUCUAGACAGAGGAAGGGAAAAUCUGCCAGAAAGGAUAACCAUGAGCAACAAGAAACAGGAACAGACAAUCAGGGCGAAGUAACGAACCAGGAAUGGAACAUGGACGAGAAUUGCAGUGGCGUGAAUGAAAAUUAUGAUAAUCAUGGCUCCUGGUAUACCAAAGGAAACCAGCAACAGGAUCGAUCUGGCGGGCACAUUAAUACCAAUGACGGGGACGGCGAAUUUACUCCCUGGUCAUAUACCGCGGGAGAUCAGGCCACAAAUACAAUCGAUCCACAAGCAGGAGACUGGAAUACCAACAAGGGCGACAACAAUGAUUCAAAUUGGGCUCAAACGAACGACAGCACCGCAAAUGCACAACCGUUCAGGUCUUCACCGGCCCAGGGGCAACAACCCCCUAUGCAGCAGAUUCCUAAUUUCCGCCAGACCUAUAACAUAGAACAACCAAAUUUUGUAUCUCCAUUACUUUCAUCAUUAACGAGGGAUGAACCUCCAUUAUAUACUGUUCCCAAGUCAGUUGCACAGGCGGAUUCCCUCACCCAUCAGGUUCAGCUCGGUCCACAUGCAAGAUAUUUACACAAGAUAAGAGCCCCUGAAUACCAAGAUGACAUGGACAAGCCAUAUGCGGUGUUUGUUUUCAAAUAUCGGACUGCAGACGUGAUACGGGACAAGUUUGGGGAGAGUGUUGUCUUCAAUAUCGACGACGAGAGAAGAAAGCUACAGGCACUACCAAGAGCCGAAAUUGUAAAUCAGUUGCUUCGUGCUCAGGACCUCCUCGCGAACUCCGGCACGAACAACGAUAAUAUUCUCCGAAUGUCACCAUUAGGGUCGUUUUCGCGACCCCAACCACCAGAUUCGGGAAUGGGGGGAUGGUCCGGUCCUCCUAAUACAGGCAGUACCUCCACAAAUUUCAAUAAUGAAAGUCAGCAACGGUCGCGAGUUGAUUGCCCGCCACGUGCCUCCCAAUGGACUGAAUGGAACAACGCCAAUUUUAAAGGCCAGAGUACGAAUACACAACCUGGAGAAGGGGUCGGAUCACAGAUGGAUCAGAGCAAUGGUAAAAAUUUUUCCAACGCUCAUAAUUCCAGUCCGGAUCCAUCACCCGGGUGGAAUGCCGCUGCUGGUAUUGCUCCUAAAGGAGUAGCUUGGUGA